CAGUCAUUUUUAAACAUCGAAUAGAGAUAGUCGCGAACGGAGAACAUAUGAAUAUGAGCGAAAAAUAGAAAAAACAUAAGAUUAUUUGUUUUUUUUUAACAUUUUGUUUUUAAUUUAUAAUAAUGAUAAAGUGGUGUAAUUAUUUAUUGUGUUUGUGUAUGUUAGCGGCCAAUGCUAACGUCGUGCGAGAAAAUGAAUUGUAUAAAUUGGAUAUAGUGCAUUAUAAUGAUUUCCACGACAGAUUCGAAGAGACAUCAGUGGGCUACCCAAUAUGCAAGACUAACGACACAAGCUGUUUAGGCGGCUUCGCCCGUCUCUACCAUGAGAUCAAGACCUUGUUAAUCCAGAAACCAGGAGCCUUACUCCUGAAUGCUGGAGACACCUUCCAGGGAACUUACUGGUAUACGUUAUUGAAGUGGAAUGUCACACAGCAUUUUAUUAACAUGCUGCCAAAUGAUGCUCAUGCACUAGGCAACCAUGAAUUCGACGAUGGAGUUGCAGGGUUAAUACCAUACAUCCUGGCGAUGAAAGCUCCGGUGCUUGCUGCGAACCUGGUAGCCAGCAAUGAGUCAGGGUUAUACGGCCUCUACAGGAACAAUGUGAUCUUACAGAAGAAAGGACGACGGAUCGGCAUCAUUGGACUCAUUACGAAGAAUACUGAGGUCCUCUCGAACGCUGAUGGUGUGAAAUUCCUGGAUCCAUUCGAGGUGGUGCAGCGAGAAGCCCUGAUAUUGACGGAAAAACAUGAUGUGAACAUCAUCAUAGUGCUGUCUCAUUGUGGUCUGGAUGAUGACAUGCAAAUGGCAAAAGAGGUGGGAGAGAACAUAGACGUGAUAAUCGGAGGUCACACUCACAGUCUGCUGUACAAUGGUGAGGCUCCGAGCCAGGAGGAGGUAGCUGGUCACUACCCCGUAGUAGUCCCGACUGAUGCGAAACCAGAUCAUAAGGUGCUUGUAGUAACAGCAUCAGCCUAUAGCAAGUACCUCGGUAACCUAACGGUGUACUUCGAUAACUAUGGUGAGAUGAAGAGAUUUGAGGGAGAACCAAUCUUCUUGAACAGGUCUAUUCCUGAAAGUCCAAAAAUGAAGGCACUGCUUCAGCCUUACGCUACAAAAAUACAUAAAAUAGUGAGUGAGGUCGUGGGAUACCUGAACGAUGAUAUGGACAUGAAUGAUUGCUCCUCCAAGGAAUGUGCUCUUGGGAACCUGUUCGCUGACGCAUUCUUACAUGCAACGAACAAGAAAAAGACAUCUAAAUUACCGAAAAUUUCUUUCCUGCAAAGAUGUAUGAUACGAAGUUCCAUAGCUAAAGGACCAAUCACCAAGGGCUCCAUCAUCAACAUGUCUCCCUUCACCAACAAGGUAGUGACAGUUAUCAUCGCUGGAAGACAUAUUAUCGAAGCUCUGCAAAAAUCCGUCAAGAAUCCAUGGAGAACUCGACCUUAUGCUAGUGGCUAUACACCACAUUUUUCUGGUAUCCGAGUAAAACUAAACACAACUAAGGCUGAAGUCCUUGACAUAUCAGUUAAAGUCGAUGAUGAAUUCUUACCCUUCGAUCUGGACCAGGAGUAUGAAGUGACGACCCUGGACUUCCUAACAAGAGGAGGCAAUGGAUUCAAGAUGUUCAAAGAAUUCGGUCGGGAUCUUACAGUUAUAGGCAAAGACGCCGACGCCUUAGAAGACUACGUGAGGUCAGCUUCGCCUAUCACACCGACUCUAGAUAAAAGACUUAUUCUAGUUAGCUGACAAUUUAACAUAUACACUUAGUACAAAUAAAUUUAAUUUAUAAAUUA